AUGGAAAAUACGACAAAAAGAAAUGAUAAAGAAAGAAUGAGGUUAGGAUAUAAUGAAAUAAUGAUAGUGUCAAAGUACUUUGAAUAUAUUAAUGAUUUUAUUAAUUUAGAAGAAAGAGAAAAAAAAGAAACGAAUGAAUGUAAAAAUAUAGAAUAUACACAAGAAGAUAGAAAUACAUAUGGAACUACAAUACCAAUAGAAGUUAAUUCACUUGGAGAUAUAUGUUUUAGAUGGUGUGAUGAUAUUCAAUCAAUUAAUAUACCAACAAAUGUUAGUAAAAUAGGAGAUAAAUAUUUUGAAUAUUGUACAUCAUUAAGAAUAAUUAAUAUACCAACAAAUGUUAGUAAAAUAGGAGAUAAAUAUUUUGAAAGAUGUUCGUCAUUAACAUCAAAUAGUUAUAAAAAUAUCCAAUUUGUUGGUGAAGAUAGAAUAAUUGUGAAUGAACAAAUUAUGGCAUCUAUUCCAAUUGGUAGGUUAAAAAUAAUUAAUGAAAAGGAGAUAAAACCUAAGAAUAUAAAUGAAUUUGUUAUACCAACAACAGUCACUAAAUUAGGAAAUUAUUGUUUUGAAAAUUGUUAUUCAUUAACAUCUAUCAAGAUACCAACAUCAGUAAGUGAAAUAGGAAAGGAAUGUUUUUUAUGA